UUUACACUUCACAUUGCAAUCAAGUCAUAAGUUAAUUGGGCUCCCAAAUAACAGAAAGAAAAAAAAAAUUAUGAAUGGCGUCAAUUACUACUAGCAGAAUUGAAGGUGGGUUCGCAUUAGCUUCAUUGACGGUGAGGCCCAGGCGUAUGAUGGUGGUUCGUGCUGAAACUGUAAACCCAAAUAUUAAGAAGGACAAACCAAAAUUGGUGCACUCUAUUGAUGUCACUGAUCUCUCUAAGCCUCAAACUGCUUACUGCAGGUGUUGGAGGGCUAAGACUUUUCCUCGAUGUGAUGGAAGCCACGUAAAGCACAAUGAGGAAACUGGAGAUAAUGUUGGACCCCUGCUCAUGAAGAAGCAGUAAGCCAGUAAGGGCUCGUUUGACCUGCACUAGCUAUAUUCUUUUAUGAAUUUAGAGCACCAAGUCGGAUCUACUACUCUGACCCGUGGCUGAUCGACUCUUCAGCUUCAACUCGAGUUUCCAGGGUGAGCAUGGCAUCCGCUGACCUUGAAGACUUUCCUAUUAUAUGUCUUGAUUUUAUUCUAGAGGCAUAGAUAUUAUGUAUUAGUACUUCCAGAUUGUAUUAUUCUCCAUAUACGCUCUUGUAUUAUUCAGACUAGACCCUAGGGCUAUUCACUGUCUUCCGCACUUUGACUACUGCCUAUCUAUGUAUAUCUUG